UUUUAAAUGAGUAUGAGUAAAAAUGCCAUGUUAUAUGACGCGAGCGUAUACCUGUUCGACAAAUAACGUCGACACGUUGUACUGGUCAGAUCUGGUGUACUGAAAGCGGUAGUGUAUAAAUUCCGAUAAAAAUAGUUUUUGACAUAUUGGAAAUUCGUAGGAGAUCUGUAAAGAAGCAUCUUAAAAUGUGGUUCUUUAAUAAAAUGUGUACGAGCAAAGCACGUCUUGAUGGUAAAACUGUUGUGAUAACGGGAGCAAGCAGUGGUAUCGGCAAGGAGACUGCCAGAGAUUUAUAUGCGAGAGGCGCUAGAGUAAUUCUAGCAUGUAGAAAUAUAGAAAAAACAAAUGAAGCAAUUGACGAUAUAAAGAACAAUCCGCCAUCGUGGAUAACAAAGGAUGAAUAUGAAAAUAACGUAGGUGAGCUUGCGAUAUAUUUGCUCGAUCUAUGUAGUUUGAAGAGCGUGAGAGAUUGUGCUAAAAGCUUGCUGACAAACGAAGCAGCUAUUCAUAUACUCAUAAACAAUGCCGGUGUGGCUGCAUAUCCGUACAAGAUAACGGAGGAUGGAAUUGAAGCAACAUUACAAGUGAACUAUCUCGGCCAUUUUCUUUUGACACUUCUGUUACUACCAAAAAUGCAAUCGUCUUCUCCUAGUUGCAGAAUAGUCAACCUUGCAUCGUUUCUAUAUACUCUUGCAAACAUAAAUUUUGACGAUAUUAAUAUGAAAAGAUCUUAUUCACCGUUUUUACGAUAUACACAAACUAAAUUGGCGAAUAUUUUGUUCACCAAGGAACUCGCUCGUCGAUUAAAAGAAGCAAAUAUUCAUGGGAUAAACGUAUAUUCUUUACAUCCUGGUGUGAUUGCGACCGAAAUAACACGAUAUAGCGAUAGUACGGUAUCUUGUAUUGCACCUUUUUUCUUUAAUACCUGUGCGCAUUUAUUUGGUAAAAAUGUAAUACAAGGUACUCAAACUACAAUAUAUUGUUCAAUUGAUGAGGGAAUUGCUAAUCAGACUGGACUUUAUUAUUCAAACUGCGGCGUUUCCAACACAUACCGGAAGGCAAAUGAUCGUCAGUAUGCAGACAAAUUGUGGAAUGUAUCCUGUCGUCUCUUGGAUUUGGAACCUGAAGAAAAUUUCACUACAUUUUUGGAAACCGUUUCUCGUCAAAUGCUGUAGUAUGAUUUCUUUGGUCUUAAGGGAAUUAUUAUUUUUAAUAUAAAUUUGUUUUAAUUUUUAAUUUUAAUGAAUGCAGUGUAUUAUUCCUUUUAUAUAUCAUGAAUGUAGAUUUUAAAAUAAAAAAACCACUAUGUAGUGUACACAAAUGCUACAAUAAAUAUCCAGAUCAACAU